AUGUCUCAUUUCAUCCGUUCCAAAUAUCAACAGUACAAACGUGAUAAUGAACAACUGUCAACAUGGCUUGGAAAUACUGCCGUGAAUUAUGGCUUUCAACUUGCAAACUUCCCAGAAGCAGACAAGUACCUCGACGGAGGAGACGGUGAUGCGAAACCAGCCGCGAACCAGUUGAAGAACGCCAAGAAGAAGGCUAAAGCAAAAGCCAGGGCAAGAGCGAAGGCUGGUGGACAACAGAAGCAGGCUCAGGAUGGUGUACCUGAGGAUCUGCAGAAGGAGAAAGCUGCUGCAAGCAAACUUGAGGUGAAGAUGGAGAAGAUGAAUAUAAACGAUCCACCUGCUCUAGCUCCUGCUUUCACUCACAUCAAAGGUUAUCUCAUCCCUAAGCAUCUCUACCGACCGAUUGCUGAGCUUCUCGUCGCGUGUUCCGUCCGUAUUCCCGUCGAGAUCAUGAAAUGCUGA